AUGUGGCAAGCUGCCCAGCAUCCACUGGCACUUCGAGGCCCACGCACAUUACGCCCCUGCACCGGCAGAAGCUUCAAGCGCUUCUUCAGCACCGAUCGAGGUAAAGAUGUGACGGGGGUCAAUUAUGGAAAGCAAAUUGCGAAUCUAAACAUUUUGCGACGUCACUCAAGACGCCCACUGACCUUGACGGAGAAGCUCAUAUAUAGCCACUUGAUCAACGAAGGAGACCGACAGUGGGACUUGGAACGGAUUGAUCGCGGCAAGACUAUUCUUGCACUGCGACCAGAUCGCAUUGCUUGCCACGAUGCGACCGCGACAAUGGCCCUCCUGCAAUUCAUCAGCGCAGGACUUCCACGUGUCGCGACACCAACAACCAUUCACAGUGAUCACUUAAUUAUUUCGGAGAAAGGCGCGGAAGAGGAUUUGAAGCGCGCGGAGUCUGAACACGCCGAGGUAUACAAUUUUCUUAGCAGCGCAUGUCGGAAAUAUGGGAUUGGAUUUUGGAAGCCGGGUUCAGGCAUCAUUCAUACUGUGAUUUUGGAAAACCAUGCCGUGCCUGGAGGAUUGAUUAUUGGAACUGAUUCUCAUACCCCGAACGCUGGUGGUCUGGGAAUGAUGGGAAUUGGUGUUGGUGGCGCCGAUGCCGUCGAUGCAAUGUCUGGCAUGCCCUGGGAACUGGUUGCCCCGAAGGUCAUUGGAGUUCGACUGACAGGCCUACUGAAAGGGUGGACAUCAACAAAAGAUAUCAUCUGCAAGAUCGCGGGCAUUCUUUCUGUAUCUGGUGGAAAGGGCUCAGUGAUUGAGUUCUUUGGCCCCGGAACAGAAACACUAGGUGCAACUGCAAUGGCAACAAUAUGCAAUAUGUCUGCAGAGAUAGGUUCCACGUCCUGCAUCUUCCCUUACUCCGACUCCAUGGGCCGCUAUCUUUCUGCGACCAAGCGAGAAUAUGUGGCGAGGUCCUCCCGUCAAGUCAAGGAUGUUCUGUUGACGGCAGAUGAAGGAUCGCAUCAUUAUUACGAUCGGCUGAUUGAGAUAGACCUCGACAGUCUCGAGCCUCAUAUCAAUGGCCCAUUCACGCCGGACCUAGCGCAUCCAAUCUCCCAGUUGAAAACUGAACUUGAGAAGCAAGAUUGGCCCAUUCAGCUAAGCCAUGCUAUGGUCGGAAGCUGUACAAAUAGCUCCUAUGAAGAUCUCGACAAGUGUCGGCACCUUGUGGUACAGGCCAAGGCUGCUGGCUUUUCCAAAUUCAAAGUUCCCUUUCUUCUAACUCCUGGAAGUGAGCAGAUUCGUGCCACAGCUGAGGCUGAUGGCAUCUUGAAUGAAUUAAGAGCUGCAGGAGCUGUGAUUCUUAGCAGCUCGUGUGGACCGUGUGUCGGCUCCUGGGACCGCAAGGAUGUGGAUGUGAAGGGCAAAGAGAAGAACUCUGUCAUUUCCAGCUUCAAUCGCAAUUUUAUUGGCCGCCAUGACAGUAAUCCAGCAACUCACUCCUUCGUGACUUCGCCAGAAAUGGUUACGGCUUUCGCUUAUUCAGGGCGUCUUGAUUUUAACCCUUUAACGGAUUUUGUGGAAGACUCAUCCUUCAAGUUUGCUCCUGCGCUCGCACAUGAUUUGCCGGUGCAUUUCGAAACCGGCUUAGAUUCCUUUCAAGAUCCACCGUCCGAUGGCUCUUCUCUCUCCGUUGUGGUGGAUCCUCGAUCUGACCGUCUCCAACUUCUCAAGCCGUUCCCGAAAUGGCAACCAGGCCAUGCUACUGAUAUGCAGGUACUGAUCAAGGUCGCUGGGAAGUGUACCACCGACCAUAUUUCGCCCGCGGGUCCAUGGUAUAAGUACCGUGGCCAUCUCGAAAACAUCAGCAACAAUAUGCUUACUACUGCUACGAAUGCGUUCCUUCCAAAUCUCCCCCGGACGCUAGGUCACACAAGGCACCCUCUGACUGGAAAAGUAGAAGCGGUACCAACAGUGGCACGCGAUCUACAAAGACAGGAAGUCCGCUGGUGUAUUAUUGGAGAUCACAACUACGGGGAGGGUAGCUCACGCGAACAUGCAGCCCUCGAGCCACGUUAUCUCGGGGGAACUGCAGUUAUUGCGCGCUCCUUUGCACGUAUCCACGAGACCAACUUAAAAAAACAGGGAAUGUUGCCGCUCACAUUCCAAGAUAUGAAUGACUACAAUCUUAUUUGUGAGGGUGAUAUUAUCACGCUGGUUGGUGUCGAGCAUGGGGAACUUCAUCCUGGAAAGUCUGUCACCAUGCGAGUACAGACAAAGGACGGCAAAGCAUGGGAAACCCAGCUCAGCCACAGCUAUCAUGAUGGUCAAAUUCCUUGGCUUCGUGCAGGAAGUGCAUUGAAUCAUAUUAAAAGGACUUUGCUUUGA